UAUGCAAAUUUUCCAUCUUUUCUAGUUCUUCUUCUUUUAUGAGUUGUGUCGUGUGCGUGGUUUUGAAUUGAUCCUCUCAACCACCACCACCAUGGACGAAGUAUCAUAUUGGUUCACCCGUCAACCUCUCCCUCUCUCUCUCUCUCUCUCGCUCUCUCUCCUGUUCAUCUGGUCCUAUUCAAUUCUUUCACCAAAUUAUGAGGCGGCUGGUACUUUGGAUUUCCUUCUCCUGUUAGGCCUUCAGUUUCAUCAUUGGCUGAGGUGCUCAUUUAUUGACACCUCCCUUUGAACAUCAGGGGGCCUCUUCUUUUGACAUUUUUGCAGAAGAAUCCUGCUUUUUGGCAAUCUGUGGGACGUGGGUAUCCAUCAUUUUGGCUUGUGUCGCAGAGAUUAAUGGUCUUUUCUUCUUCCUCGUCCCUGGAUGUGUUGCCUUGUAUGUAACUGCUGUUUUUUAUUUGUGUGUGUUUUAGUUUCACAUCGCCUUCUCUUUCUUGAUUGGAAUUUUCGUUUCUUCUCCAUUAAAAGAAAUAUGCAUCAAUCUGAUUACUUCAGUGCGCAGGUGAUUUAGAAACAUAGCUUUUGGCGUAGUCAUACGAUCCAAGUGUUUGUUCCUUACAAGCUUAUGUUGUCGGCUUUUCUUGUCAAAGGUUUCAGGUGGUGAGUUUCUUGCUGAUAAAAGACUGGGGCAUAACUAUGUAGUUUAGUUGUUGUUUGUUAGUGAUGGCUUCUCUGGUUUUGCGUUUUUGAUGAACUGUUCAUUGAUUUUGUCCUUGGACAUUGCUUUUCAUGAAAAAGAGAUACUGUGAUCCUUGCCUCUGCUACAACUACGUCAGAAUGAGAGGAACUUCUGGUUCGCUUGCCAAUUCUAAUGAGCACAGGCAUAGACAAUCAGGAUCAUUUGGAUCUGGUGAUGACAUGAACAAGAGAAGGUUCUUCAAGUCUCAAGAUUUUAAAGAAAAUGACCGGGCUGUUUAUGCCACUGUGCAAGACAAGAGUUCAAACUGCAAUUUUCUUUCUCUGAAGAUUAUUCUUGUCUGCAUUAUUAUCUGCACUUUCUUAACAGUAUUCCACUCUCCAGCUGCAAACUAUUAUGAACGUUCCAUGCAAUCAAGUUCCCAGUCAAGAUUUGCAAGUGUUGACUGGUUAUGGGAGAGGGCAGUUACUGACACAAGAUAUGUAUCAAAUUUAGAUAUUAAUUGGAUACAGAUUUCAAAAAUUUUUCAUCAAACAAUCAAGUUAGAGGCACAUCAAACUGUUGGGAUCUUGAACUUCAAUAGAACUGAGGUUAAGGAAUGGCAAAGCAUUCUAACAGGUGUGAAACCGAUUUCUUUGACAGUAGAACCUGCAAGGUCAGACAUCACAUGGAACAAUUUAUUCCCUGAGUGGAUUGAUGAAGAACAACAAUCUGAAGUACCUGUCUGUCCAAGAUUACCAAUGCCUGAGAUUCCAAAAAGGUCACAUUUUGGUGUCAUUGCUGUAAAGCUUCCGUGCCAAAGAUCAGCAAAUAACUGGUCAAGAGAUGUAGCUCGGUUGCACUUACAGCUUGCAGCUGCCAAACUUGCUGCUUCUUCCAUAGGCAAUUCAGUUCAUGUUUUAUUUGUAACGGACUGUUGGCCUAGUCCAAACCUUUUCACAUGCAAGGAACGUGUCAUCCAUGAUGGUAGCGUAUGGUUAUACAGGCCUGACUUGAAUGUUUUACAGAAGAAGCUCCAGCUUCCAGCUGGGUCCUGUGAACUUGCAGUCCCGCUUAAGCCCCAAGAGAGAUUACACCAUCAGAACACACGUCGAGAGGCAUAUGCAACAAUUCUUCAUUCUGCUCACGUAUAUGUUUGUGGUGCAAUUGCUGCUGCACAGAGCAUAAGAUUAACUGGCUCCACCAAAGACCUUGUAAUACUUGUUGAUGAGUCCAUCAGCAAAUAUCAUAGGAAAGGCCUGGUGGCCGCGGGUUGGAAAAUUAGAGUGAUUCAGAGGAUCAGAAAUCCCAAAGCCCAACAGGAUGCUUAUAAUGAGUGGAACUAUAGCAAGUUUCGUCUAUGGCAGCUGACCGAUUAUGACAAGAUAAUUUUCAUUGAUGCAGACCUACUCAUCCUAAGAAACAUAGAUUUCCUAUUUGAAAUGCCUGAGAUAACAGCUAUUGGCAACAAUAUGACCCUUUUCAACUCUGGUGUGAUGGUGAUUGAGCCCUCAAACUGCACCUUUCAGCUGCUACUGGAUCAUAUCAAUGACAUAGUAUCCUAUAAUGGUGGUGAUCAAGGCUAUCUUAAUGAAAUAUUUACAUGGUGGCAUCGGAUGCCGAAACAUAUGAACUUCUUGAAGCACUUCUGGUCAGGUGAUCAGGUAGAAAGAGAUCUAAAGACUAAUCUCUUUGCAGCUGAGCCCCCGGUUCUUUACGUUCUCCAUUACUUGGGUCUAAAGCCGUGGCUGUGCUUUCGCGAUUAUGACUGCAACUGGAACAAUGACAUUUACCAUGAAUUUGCAAGUGACGUUGCGCAUCGGAGAUGGUGGAAGGUUCACGAUUCGAUGACAAAAAAAUUACAGAAAUAUUGUUUGCUGAGAUCAAAGCAGAAGGCAGCACUGGAAUGGGACAGAAGGCAGGCCGAAAAACAAAACUAUGCAGAUGGGCAUUGGAAAAGGAACGUCACCGACCCACGCCUGAAAAUCUGCUUUGAAAAGUUUUGCUACUGGGAAAGCAUGCUUUGGCAUUGGGGUGAAACCAAUUGGACGGACAGUACACCUGCAACUGCUACAACCUCUGUGCCCACAGCAUCCGUUUCUAGGAUGUAGCUUGCUUCUUCUUCUUCUUCUUCUUCUUCUUCUCCUCCUCCUCCUCCUCCUCCUCUCUCUCUCUCCUCUGUUCCUCCUUGGCUGCCAUUGCAUUUAUGAUACCAAUAAUGUUUCAA